AGUUGUACGCCAUUGGCCUUUUCCUAAAGGCAGAUGUAACCUGUGUUUUUCUACGGCGUAAAAAACGGAGUACACGUUGCGCAUUUUCAGGCAAAGUGAAUUUAUCCUUGAAUUUUUUUGAAUAUGAAGCACAACUCGAGCGUCCCGGCUUUCCUCACCAAGCUGUGGACGUUGGUCGAGGAUGCAGACACAAAUGAAUUUAUUUGCUGGAGUCAGGAGGGCACCAGCUUCCUUGUUUUGGACGAGCAGCGCUUUGCCAAGGAGAUCCUUCCCAAGUUCUUCAAGCACAACAACAUGGCUAGUUUCAUCAGGCAGCUCAACAUGUAUGGCUUCCGUAAGGUGAUGCACAUUGAUACCGGGAUCGUGAAGCAGGAGAAGGAUGGUCCAGUGGAGUUUCAGCACCCCUACUUUAAACAUGGACAGGAUGAUUUGCUGGAAAACAUCAAGAGGAAGGUUUCUAACGCCCGUCCAGAAGACAACAAAAUUAGACAGGAAGACCUAUCCAAGAUAUUAGCGAGUGUCCAAAAUGUUCACAGCAAACAGGAGAACAUCGAUGCCAGGUUGGCCACACUCAAGAGGGAGAAUGAAGCUUUGUGGAGGGAGAUCUCAGAUCUGAGACAGAAACAUGCCCACCAACAGCAACUCAUCAAAAAGCUGAUACAUUUCAUUGUCACAUUGGUACAGAACAACCGCAUCCUGAAUUUAAAACGCAAAAGGCCGAUUCUUAUGAAUAGCAAUGGAAAGAAGCCAAAAUACAUCCAUCAGAUCUAUGAUGACAAGGUGUGUGUUGACCAGCCAUCUGUCAACAGUCUAAAUGGUGUGAAGGGCUCAGAGAUAUCGGAUGACGUCAUUAUCUGUGACUUGACUGAGAAUGAUGCAGAGUCGACUGCUGAGAUUACAGAAGAGUCGCCCAGAACCUAUGAGAAUGGCGAUAUAGAAAUUGUGGAGGUAGAGCUGGACAGCUGCGUGGUACUGCCAGCUGAGAUGGAGCUGAGUACCACAUGCACAGAUGACAUCAAACAGACGGAGGCUGAUUUGUCAGCAGCUGCAGAUGUCAGCCAGAGGAGCAGCAAUCUAGACAGCAGUAGACCAACUAGCAGCGCCCUACAGCUAAAUAAGCCCUCUGGUUUGAAUCUUGACGACCCCAUGAAGAUGAUGGAUUCCAUAUUGAAUGAGAAUGGAGCAAUAUCACAGAACAUCAAUCUGCUGGGCAAGCUGGAGCUCAUGGACUAUCUGGACAGCAUUGACUGCAGUUUGGAGGACUUUCAGGCCAUGCUCUAUGGAAAACAGUUUGGCGUUGAUUUUGAUGGCUUAGAGGAAAGUGUGUGUUCCAAAGAGAAUACCGACACAGACAGAGACAGGUCAGAGGAAGAUAACACAGAUAAGCAGCUGAUCCAGUACACCUCCUGCCCCCUGUUGGCCUUCCUUGAUGGUUGCACCCCUUCUUCAGAGCUGGAUCUGAGCAGCACCAGCACCGGUUCCUCCAGCUCCCACCUCCAGCCGUCUCCCAGCCCUGCUGCUUCAUUGAGGCCGGAGCCACCCUCAGAGCUGCUGGAGUCCAAGCAGCCCCCUCGCAGCUCCCUAAUUCGCUUGGAACCUCUGACUGAGGCGGAGGCCAGCGAGGAGACACUCUUUGAUCUGUGCAGACUGAGUCCCGCUGGGCCUGAGACGGACUGCCUGAGCAGAGUGUGAGCACCACGGUGGUGAUGCCACUCACACGGAUGUUGGUCGACCACAGACCCAAUGUUAAUACUCCCUCACCUCUGUUGAGAAGCAGCAGCAGGGCACCAGGCAGGCGGAGAGAUAACUGGUUAGCACACCUUUUUCAUAUUUAAGACCUGUUGCAUUUAGUUGCAGAAAUAACACCCAUUUUCAUCAAGUAUAUUACUUAACACAUGACAGGCUAAUAAUACUAAACUAAUGAAAACCACUCAGCCACCUCAUCUACUUGAUGUACAUACUCCUCAUUGUUUUUUGUUUCUUGCUCUAUAUCAACAUUAGUGAAGAUGGUUGUUGCCUGUACACAUGGUAACGUGUACAUUUACAUCAAACCCAAAACCUAAUGGGAGAAGUAGUAUUACAAACAGAAACACUGGAGGAACUAAGAAGAAAGGAGUCAUUCAAAUAUCUCUAUCUUCUUCUGAUUCUUUAACUAAGACAUGUCAUAACUUUGCCUUGAGUCUGUUUCUGCUAAGUGAAUGCUUAUUUUGAGGCUAGUGGUACUCUAUUUCUGCAACUCUAAUGUGUAAUACCAUGGCAACGAGCUGUGGCAAGGAAACUGUUUUCCUGUCGCACUGAUUCUCCAUCAGCAUCAGAUGACUGGAGCCUUUGUUUGUAACUCAGUGGUGUCCCAAACCGUCAGCAGAGAGCUGCUUCACAUCCGGUCCUCUGACAUCACCUUACCUGUAAUAAUGGAUUCAACCUUUGUACAUACAUGUGAACUUCUGUUCCGAUUCCUGUUUAGCUUUUGUUACAUGUCUGUCUACAGAGCCGAGGCUUCAAGAAGCAGUAUUCCCGCCAGAUAGGAUGAUCUUUUUCGGAGGCUACUUCUCUUUGAGGUCAGACUUGGGGAAAAUUUUGUUACAUUUAUUAAAUAGAAAACUGGAACGUAAAGUGAACUAAAGGUUAGACGUUAACCUUGUUCAAAGUCGCUUCAGUUUCCUGAGCAGUGCCUGGUUGUGGCUUUACUGUGGCAGACACUAAAAGCCUGUACAGUACGUCAUUCUCAUCCGUAUCUUGGCAUGUGUGCAUGCUGUAAAUCUGGAUCCAGAUACAGUCACUUUGGUGAAAAAGAUAUCGUGUAGUGACUAAGCAAUGUGAUGUGUGCUUCUGACAACACAAACCCCACAUCAGACUCUGUCAUGCAUUCCUUUAGCAGCAUAAUGAUAAUAAAACUAAGUGGUCUGGGGUUCAAAGUUCACAUCUUGACUUUUGAUGCAGUUUCAUUUAAUAAAACAGAAAUGUCAGUUUUUGGUGCAGCUAUUCGCUUUUUAACAAAAGUCCAUUCUCACGGUUUGUGGGUAGAUCAUCAAACUGAAGACUGAAUCUGUUUUGUAAGUAAUAACACAGACUGUAAAUAUGUUUCACAGACAUGUUUCGUGCUGCCUUUUGUUCAAAAUAAUUUGCGUGAGGGAAUCGUAUGAUGGAAAUCUCGAUGUUGUAUUUGCCGUGUUCCUGUUCAGCUGCUGCUGUUCAAGAGCCACGAUCUACGCUGGUAAAAGCUCUUAAGCUUUCUGCUACUGUGAAUCAAGAGAUAAACGUCGGCCUUCAUUUCCCCCAUUCAGAUGCAGAAGUGUGACUUUAAAGUGGACUGGUUGAGAUGAGGCCUUAAAUGUUACCGCUUCCUGUUACUCAAAGCAGCUUUGGUUUUCUGGUUGGCGCAGUAGCCUGCUGUACAUUCUUCGAAUUAACUUAGUGAAUGGUAACGAGACCUGUUCCAGUUCCGGUUGUUGAGAAUGGGGAAAAUGAACCCAACUAGGAGAUGCGGUUUGUGGUUGCUGUAUUGAAAUCAAGUCUGUGGUGUCUGGGCAGAACACUAGGUGUGUUAAUCACAGGGAAAUGCAUCCUAGUCUAACUAAAAUGUCAUUGCAUUUUGCACUUUUUUGGAGUUGUCAGAUAGAGCUGAGAGUUUCCAGUCAGUAAGCGAUCAUAAAUUGCCAAAAUGCUUACAAAACUGCCCAAAAUAUUAGACUGGUAUUUAGUUUACUACUUUAACCACCCUGAUUACAUAAGCAAGUGUAUGUAAAAGUCAUGCAGCAGCCAUCCGCCACGACUCCUCACAGGUAGCUACAAGAAAACCAUCUGAAGUCGGCAUGUACUCCACUAGCAAACAUACGGAGCGCUAUACUCUUAUUUUUAUCAUUAUUUUAUGUGAUGUUUUGCACUGCUAUGUCUGAUUUGUUUUUAAAUAAAUUUACCAGAAAACAAACCAA